UUGAAAUGGAAUCGCCCACGAAGCGGGUGCGGACGUCGCUGACGCUGGCGGAUGCGGCUGACGUGGCAUCGCCGCCCGAAAGCAAGACGACGCUGAGCCUCGCGCCGCCACUAGACACAGCGGCGGCCAUCGACGAUGCCGACUUCGACGACAGUGAUACGUGGGACGUCCCGACGCGGCUCUGCAACUGGCUGGCUGCCAAUGGCGCGGACCUCGAGAAGCUGCGCAUUGAGACGUAUGCACCAGAGGUGCGCGGUGUGCACGCCAAGCGUCCGUUCUCGGCCGGCGACCGCGUCAUGCUCAUUCCUCUCAAGUGCCUCAUCACGGUCGAGAUGGGCAAAGCGACCGACAUCGGGCUCAAGAUCCAGCACCUCGAGUUUGGCGCGCCCAAGCACAUCUUCUUGAUGAUGUACCUCUUAACAGACAUGGAGCUUGGGAACGACUCGUUCUUUAAGCCGUACUACGACUCGCUGCCGCCAACGCUGCACAAUCUGCCCGUCUUUUGGACCGACGACGAGCUGCGCUGGCUGCAAGGGUCACACAUCGUGCACCAGAUCCGUGAGCGCAAGGCCACAAUCGCACGUGACUACGAGGCCAUUUGCGCCGUGGACCCGACCUUUCGCCGCUUCUCUCUCGAGCGCUUCAUGUGGGCACGCAUGAUCGUGUGCAGCCGCAACUUUGGCAUUAGCAUCCACGGCUUCAAAACCGCAGCGCUCGUACCGUACGCCGACAUGCUCAACCACUACCGGCCCCGCGAAACGAGCUGGACCUUUGACGACGAUGCCAACGGGUUUACGAUCACGGCCCUGCAUGGCAUUGCCGCUGGCAACCAAGUCUACGACUCGUACGGCAAAAAGUGCAACCACCGGUUCCUUCUCAACUAUGGGUUCGCCGUGCCCGACAACACGGAAGAGGACGGUCGCAAUCCCAACGAGGUGCUCUUCCCGCUACAGCUCUUCGAGAACGAGCCUUCGUCGCUCUUUGGCAAGAAGCAACGAUACCUCCACGACAGCGGUGUCUACUCGAUGGACACGCGCUUCAGCACGUACCACGGCGACGCCAACACGCGCGAAGGACUGAGUUUUCUGCGACUCAUUGUCGCGACCGAGUUGGAAUUCGACGCGUUCUCGGUGCAGACGCCGGCGCACGCGAUCCCGCCGAUUUCGCUUGAGAACGAGGUUCGCGUGCUCAAGCACAUUGCGGCCCUCGCCACUGUUCAGCUGUUCCAAUAUGCCACGACGCUCGAACAGGAUAUGGUUGCCGUCGCGCAAUGCCCCGUCUUCUCCAACCGAGCGCAGGCGCUGCAUUUCAUCAUGGGCGAGAAGCGCGUGUGUUUGUACUACCAAAGCAUGGCCUACGACGUCGCGCCGCUCUGGACGCAGCCGCACAACGUCAUCCGAGCGCGCGUCGCCGCCGAGUUCGAGCCCGAGGACGACCCCAGAAGCCGAUACGUCGACGACGUCACGGCGUUUCUGCUCGGCGAUUCAUUCGAGUAGCAAUGUUGUUUCAACUUGAAUAGGGAAUG